AUGAGAUCGUCAGAGACUGUACCUGGGCUAAGAAGCGGAGCAAAGCUCAACAGAACUAGCCACACAUCGACAGCUAACCGGGGUUCGCUACCCGCUUAUGGUCCACCAAGACUUGAUAUUUUUCAAAAAACCAGGGGAGGAAUUCUUUGCCGAAAAUCCUUCGAUGACAUCUUACUUCGAUGUGUCGAUAGAGCAGAAGGUGAAUACAUCAUAGAUGAAGCACAUUCGGGAAUCUGCUCCGCCUCUCAGCUGCACCGCAAAGCACAGCUUUCUGGUCUGGAGAUAGCACGCACCGCAGAGCUGUUUACCGCUCUGGAUAGGCUCCUGGGCAUUGCUCGACGCCUUUGCAAUGGCGGACAGACAUGGCAGGCUUCGGGAGCCCCGGUCGACUUCAUUCUAUGUAACCGCGCUGUUAAUUCGAGAGCCGUUGUGUCAGGGCUCAUAACUCGGCUCCAGCGCCGGUGGCUUGACAAAGAGAGUACGGGAAGAAUUCAUUCCUAUGCGUCCGCAGCUAAUGAAUCUGAUGCCAUUGAUUCUGUUGUAAUGCUAGCGAAAGGCUUUAAACGAAUACCUGGCUCAAGCCUCAAGGGAAUAAACUGGCUUUCUUCUCCUAGUUGGCUAUGGGUCAUGGGAGAGAGAGUGAUUUUAGAAUGUCUUUCAGCUAGUGUUUAA